AUGGCCAGUGCGUUGCGGUCGGGCUGUCAACGCGUUGAAAAUAUUUGCUGUUUUACCCCAUUUUACACCCAAACUUUACGUUUAAUACAUUCAGUCAAUCCAAUAUGCAGUAAAAGUUUAUUGUUAAGGCGUCAAACUGCUUGGACAAAGCUUCUACCAGCAAAUGGAAGGCCACAUCUUUGUAGAUGUCCGUGUUCAGCAAAAUUUAGAGCAUCUUCAUUUAAAACGGGAGCUCGGCCAAUUUUUGGACAGAGUACAAGUACCAGAAAUGGCUUUUUCAAGAGGACCUGUUUUAGUCACAACCCAUCUUCUUUCACAUCGAGCAUUACAGAUGACAACACUAAACAUGUAAAGGAUGAAGUGAAGGCCUGGGACAUCACUCGGGCCAUGCUGGGAUAUGUCUGGCCAAAGGAUAAACCCAGCAUUAGGAUCCGAGUGGUAGCAGCCAUGGCACUUCUUAUUGGGUCAAAGGCUGUGAAUGUACAAGUACCAUUUAUAUUUAAGUAUGCCAUAGACUUUCUUAAUGAACCUAGUAAUUUAUUGAAUAUGGAUUCAGCACCAGCUACUGUGGUUACUUCAGCUACAGCAAUUCUUCUUGGUUAUGGAAUAGCCAGAAGCACUGCCCAAGCCUUUCAUGAGCUACGUAAUGCCUUAUUUGGGAAAGUUGCACAGGAUUCCAUCAGACGUGUGGCGAGGAAGGUUUUUCUACACUUACACAGUUUAGAUUUGUCCUACCAUCUCCAGCGGCAGACUGGAGCUCUGUCCAAGGCUAUUGACAGAGGCACGAGGGGUAUAAAUACUACACUGACAGCACUGGUAUUCAACCUAGGACCCACAGCUUUGGAAUGCCUCCUGGUGACUUCUCUACUGUACUACAACUGUGGACUUUACUACGCUGGCGUGGCAAUUGGAUGUAUAUCUGUGUAUGCUACUUUCACACUCUCAUUUACACAGUGGAGAACAAAGUUUAGAAAGCAGAUGAAUGCAGCUGAUUCUGAUGCUGGCAAUAUGGCUAUUGAUUCUCUUAUAAACUACGAGACUGUCAAGUACUUUAACAAUGAGACAUAUGAGGCAGACAGGUAUGACAAAGUCCUUGCCAGGUACGAGAAGGCAUCACUUAAAAUCACUACCAGCCUUGCUGCUCUGAAUUUCGGCCAGAACUUCAUUUUCAGUGUUGGUCUAACAACAAUGAUGAUUCUGUGUAGCCAAGACAUCACAGCAGGUACAAUGACAGUGGGAGACCUGGUGAUGGUAAAUGGGCUGUUGUUCCAAUUGUCAGUUCCUUUGAAUUUCCUGGGAUCUGUGUACAGAGAUGUCAAUCAGGCAAUCGUAGACAUGCAUACCAUGUUCAGUUUACUAAAAAUCAAAAGUGGUGUGCAGACCUUGCCUAAUGCUCCCAUGCUUCAGGCUUCCCCACAGCACUCAGCUAUUUCCUUUGAUAAUGUCCACUUCGAAUACACCCCAGGCCGCAGCAUUCUGAAUGGAUUAACUUUUGAUGUACCGUCCGGCAAGAAAGUAGCCAUUGUGGGUGGCAGUGGAUCUGGGAAAUCUACCAUAGUACGAUUGUUGUAUCGUUUCUAUGAUCCUCAGCAAGGCAGCAUCACAAUCAACAACCAAAGCAUACAGGAGUUAAACCUUGACAGUGUGCGAAAGGCCAUAGGGGUCGUACCUCAGGACUGUGUGCUGUUCCAUGACACCGUCUACAACAAUAUUCUGUAUGGGGAUCUCACUAAAAGCGAGCAGGAGGUAGAGGAUGCAGCUAAGAUGGCAAGACUUCAUGACUCCAUUAUGCACAGGUUUCCAGCUCAGUACCAAACCCAGGUGGGAGAACGAGGACUUAAACUAUCAGGAGGAGAAAAGCAGAGAGUAGCUAUAGCUCGCACUAUUUUGAAGAAUCCCCCGAUCAUUGUCUAUGAUGAGGCUACAUCUUCACUGGAUACUAUAACAGAACAGAACAUCCUGGAAGCUCUUCGUAGGGUAACAAAGGGACGCACUACAAUUGUGAUUGCACACAGACUGUCAUCAGUUGUAGAUGCGGAUGAGAUCUUGGUGCUUGGGCAAGGCACUGUGGCAGAACGUGGAACACACUUUGGACUGCUCUCCAAUCCUCUCAGCCUUUAUGCAGACCUAUGGAGAAAACAAAACCAGUUGCCAGAAAAUGAAAAGGAGAAAGAAACAUAAGUGACAGUGACAUUUUAUAAUAUUCAAAAGAUGUCAUGGAUUAGUUUGUUCUGCUGAUUAUGAAUAAGAAUUAAAAUCAAUUGGAUUUUAACCAGGAAAUUUUUAUACAGAUUAUGUUGAUGUGUGUGAUAUUUUUAAUCUUGUUGAAAAUAAAGUGUGAUAUUUAUUUUCUCACA